CAGAUGGCAUGUUUGGAAGUGUCGCCUUGCUGACUUGUGAUGCGGUGGUUGUCAUGUCAGCCACACAAAUAUGAGAGUACUCAAUCUUUCAUCAGACAGAACUGUCUCUCAUACUUCAACAUAAAGUUCUCUUUUUUAUUUCUCUUUUUCGAAACGCUUGGAACUUUUAGAAUGCUAUGAAAUCAAUAGAACGUAAGACGUAAUCUGAGAUUCGACAAAAACUGUGAGCAGUAAGGUUGAGUCAUCCUAGUUCUGAUAGGUGGUCUGCACCUGACUUUUCAUGUUCUUCUGGACCUCUAUCGGAUUUCAAGAGAUUUAACUGGCUACACUUAGAUCAUUUCCAAGCGUCGUUUCAUAAAGACAUAUCUUAUAAUUAGUUAAUUAUCAACAUUUGAAGGUUUCACUUCUUCUCCAGCGUUUUAGACCGUUACCUGUGGUGUCACUUCGUAUUGGAUGAGUCACAGCUAAGAGAAGAAAGCACACACCCGAUGGUGCCGAAUGUGGCUUUGAUAAACAUCUCCUCAAAGCUCGAGCACACCACACGUUACACAUGACGACCAUGUUGGGUUUUCUACACAUGCUUGCCACGGCAGCAACGGUUUACUCGUGCGAACCCGUAGAGAUUCCCAUGUGCCUGAACAUGCCGUACAACAUGACUCGUAUGCCUAACCUGAUGCACCACAGCACCCAAGAAAAUGCCAUGUUAGCAUCAGAGCAGUUUGAAGUUCUGGUCAAGACUAAAUGCUCUCCGUACCUUCCUUUCUUCUUGUGUUCUCUCUACGCCCCCAUCUGUACCAUGGAGUUCCCCAUUGAGGUCAUUCCCCCUUGUCGCAGUGUCUGUGAACGGGCACGCGAGGGAUGCGAACCCUUGUUAAACAGAUUCAAUGUCUCUUGGCCUGACUAUUUGGACUGCACAGGAUUUCCGCUCUAUGAAAGAAGUGUCUGUAUAACACCAGAAGCUAUAGUUAAUAACGAGCAAAAAGAAACAACAACACAAGAAAACCAACCAAGAAGUAAGUAAUGUAAUG